AUGGACGUUAAUAAAAGCUUUGAAAAUUCUCUUCUCAAUUUAAAGUGAGUAAAUGUGUUAAAAUUAAAACAAUAACAAUAAUAAUAUUGUAAUGUAAAAAAUCGCUCAAUUUAAUUUUAUAUUCACCCACUUACCAAAAAUACUUCCACUCUACAACACCCCGUCACUAAAAACAUAAAAUAGCAUUCGCCAUCUAAUUUCCACGGAAGGGGGAGGCUUUUUGAAAUUUAUCAGACUCUGAAUAUUAAAAAAUUGGGAAUGAAUUUUAUAGUAUUUGUGUAAACACAAGCACAUUCAAAAAAUUGAGGCUAUUAAUUUUAUUUGAUAAUUGUACUCUAAGUAGUAAGAAGCAUUUAGUAUGUAAUAUAUAGUUUUGUUAUAUAUGUUUGUGAACAUCCAUUCAUCUGAGACUUAUCUACACUUUCUUUUCGUUGUGAAAUAUGUGACUCAAAAAUACCAUUUCACACUGCCCUUGCCAAUACUUGUGAACACGAAUUGUCUAUUGUUUAAACAAUAAUGAUUGAAAAAUACUUGGUAUCUUUUAUUUGAUUGAUUGAUAAAGUUUGCUAAUUGUUUAUACAUACUGAGACAAUAAACUUACUUAUUAGUUUUGUAUCGUGUCUGAUCUCCAUUUCUAUGUUGAGUGUUAAAGCCAAAAAUCCAACUUCCAAGAAGAACUUGAUCUAAGUUUAUUGUUUAAUAAACAUUAGAGGUAUCAUAAGUAUGGCCACAAAUAGACUUGUCGAAACUUCAAUAACUUCAAUAGAUGUUUUUAACACUCUCGUUUCAGUGAUACCGAUUCAAUAGUAAAAACAAAAUACAUGCAACGGUGAAAAUAAUAUUUGUUGGUCAUAUCACUAUAAAAUAAUAUGCAAUUUAUGGGCAAAUAUUUAUAUUAUGUACCUAUAUAAAAUUGAAUCAAAAUUUGAUCUAUGACCUAUAAGGUAAUCCGUAAAUUAAAAAAAUAAUUUGCUAAUUGAUGUAAAUUCUGUUGUCACAUGUUUCCAUAACAGCAAUUGAUGCUAAAUAAACUGGGGAUGAUAUCUAAAUAAAAUGAUUUUAAUUAUUUAUACUUUUAGAUCAAUUAAAGAAGAAAAGUUUGAUAACAUGACACCUUACAAUUCUUAUGACGAAGACAAAUCACUGCAAAUAGUGUGAGUUAUAUGUAAUUUAAUAUUUCACUGUCCGUGUAUUUUUUAAUUUAAAUUGUUUAAUCUUAUUUUUUAUAUAAUAAACUUUUGUUUUUUUUUCCAUAAAGACCUUAAGUUUAAAAAUGUCCUAAGUUUUUGGUAAGGUUGUUUUUAUUCUGACAUAUGAGUAGCCAAACCAUAAUUUUUAAAUUUUCCAAAAUAUUGUAUAAUGUAAUAUUAUAUUCUAUAAUAAUAAAAAAAAACUUUGAAGUUACAGGACAAUUUACAAAAAUAAUGAUUUUAUUAUCGUUUCACCAAAAAUAUUUGUAGAGCCUUAAUAUUUGGACUAAUAACUUAUAUUUGCCUUUUUAGAUAUGAUCAAAUUUUAAAAAAUUCGAAAAAGUUUUGAACUAUUUAUAGAUAUUUUAAUUUUACAAGUAAUUUAUGUAAUUUUUAUUUGAUGUCUACUUUGUGGAUACCAUAGUUAAACUAAACUGAAAUAUUUGACAAUUUAACAUCAGGUACAUAAUAAGUUGUACUCAGUGGUAUAAAAAAAAAAUUUCAAGUUUAAUGUGUUAGUGUUUUCUUUUUCAUAAGUGUUUUAAGAUUAAACUUUAACUGAAAUUAUAAUUAUUACGGUCUUUCAAACGUGUUUAACCAAAUUUCAUUCAAAAUUGUUUUUCGUAAGCAAUAGUUUAUCAUUACGUACAGAUAUAAAUUGUAUUCUCGUACAUUUCCUUCCUUACCAAAUUCUCACUUUUACAGUGACUCACCCGCUAUACAAAGAAUGUCUGUCUUUUUUUAUUCUAAGUGGAGCAAAGAAGACAUAUUUUUUGUUUGAUUGUACCUUUCUACACAAUUUUACAGUUACAUAAUUUUUCUUUUUGUUUUUGUUGUUAUCAGUUUUCUUAUUAUUUAAAUAUAAUCAAAAAUUAGAACACAUUCAUUCUACAAAUGUACUAUUACAAAGAGCUUAUAGGACUAUAUAAAUCAUUUAUUCACUUUUAUACUUUUAAAUUUAAACAUUUUCUAAUAGAUUUAUUGGUUUAUUUCUUCCACUUUCAGAUCAAUUNCUACUAGUUUCACUAAGCGUUUGUUUUUGUUAUUUAAAAAGAAAUGAAAUUUUGAUAGAAAAAACUUAUGUUGGCCGUUUCUAGUGUUUGUAAGAUUUUUACAUAAUUCUUAUUUAGUUGUUACUAAGUUGAUAUAAUCGUGUGACCAAACUGAAAUGAUUUAAAUGUUUACACGAGGUUCAUUUUAAGUUGUACCUAGUGAUAAUAAAAAAAAUCAAACUAAAAAACACAAUUACCACUGAAAGGUAUUAAAUUGAAUUUAUAGUAUUACAUUGACUUAACAAUUACUAUAAACACAAAAGAUAACUUGUCCGGAUUUCAUUAACGUUCGUACACCGGAAAUAGAUAAAUGAAUAAAUUAAAUAAAAUGGAUAAUGAAGAAUUUAUAUAAUAUAUUCAAAAGUUUCUUUCUUCAUGCGUAAAUAACCAUGGAACAGUAUGUGGUCAUUAUAUAAGUCUUCCAUAAUAUGAUGAAAUUCACCGAAUACAUUUCCCGUACCCAUUCGGUUCUACGAUAAUGACGACGACGCAGCCGUCUCCGGAUUAGAAGAGAAUUAUCUUGAAGGUACAGAUUAUUCAUUGCGUUCUAACAAUAAGGUUCUAAUACUAAGGACGUCGCGAUUGCGAUAUCACCGGUACACUGACUAUUUUACGAAAAAAACAUAUUCAGUAUGCGCAAUAAAUUUGUACUACCAGUAUUCGUACGUUUUCGUACCAAACAAAUUCGUAUACAAUGUGUACUAUAAACACAAAAGAUAACGGACCACAUAGAUAACAUAAAACAUCCUUUAAAUCGGUUGAAUAAUCAAAAACAAAAAGUUACUAAUUUGUUACAUUUCUAUGUAAACAUUUUUCAUGCUCAUUAUACGCAAAUUCUUAAGUUCUUCUUAAGAUAAUUAAAUUAAGAAUUUCAAAUAAUGUACUCAGUUUUUCAAAAUAUCAAGUUUUUAGACCAAUAUGAUAUAAUAGUAGAAUUAUUAAAUCUUUCAUAAUUAAAGUCACUCCCGUGUAGUUUUUUUAAUAAUAAGUUAUAUGUACUCAAGUUAUAUUUAGAAGAAAUUUUAUUGUAUUGUAUCGUACAAUCUUCGUAUUUGUUUUUAAUGAUAUUAUUCAUUAUUUUUUUCAGAUUUACACUCAACUCUAAACAAGAAGAUGAAAAAAUAAAUAUUCAUAUUAAAAAAGAAGUUGACAUCAUUGAUGAUUUCAUUUAUGAGAGUGAGAUUCUUAUUGAAACUGAUCCAAUGAAAUCUAUUUUGUAUCAAGAAUCACAAUUUGAAGACAAAUGUUUUGAAUGUUCCUACUGUAGUGAAUUGUUUUAUUCAAAAUCAAAUUUAAAAUGUCAUAUAAAAAGUCACAAAAAAGUUCAUAGUGAUGUAAGACUUUACAUAUGUGACGUCUGUGAGGAGACAUUUUCUUUAAAACAAAAUUUAGACAGGCAUAAAAUUACUCAUUCAGGAGGAAAGUCUUAUAAAUGUGACAUUUGUAAGAAAAGUUUUCUAACUAAAAGAACUUUAAAGAACCACAAAAGAAUUCAUACGGGAGAAAAACCCUUUGAAUGCAACUUUUGUAAGAAGUCAUUUUCAAGAAAGGGCAAUUUAAAUGUACAUGAAUUAAAUCAUAUUGAGGAAAAGCCUUUUAAAUGUAACAUUUGUAAGAAAACGUUUACUACCAAAAAAACUCUAAAUAACCAUGAAAAAACUCAUUCAGGAAAAAAGCCGUUUCAAUGUGACAUUUGUAAGAAGUCAUUUUCAAGAAAGGACAAUUUAAAUGUACAUAAAUUAAAGCAUACUGCGGAAAAGCCUUAUAAAUGUGACAUUUGUAAGAAAUCAUUUACUUUUAAAACCAGUUUAAAGUGCCAUGAAAGUAUUCAUACAGGGGAAAAGCCGUUUAAAUGUAUCUUUUGUAAAAAAACAUUUGCCUAUAAAUCCAAUUUAAAGUUCCAUGAAAGAACUCAUACAAGAGUAAACCAUAAUGAAGACAAUUUGGGUAACAACACAUUUUCUCAGUCAUCAUCUUGAACAUGUCAUUUAAGAACUCAGAUUAGAAAAAAGCUUAAACAAUGUUAUAUGUUGAUAUUUUCUUACAAUAGCACUUUAAAAAUGUACAAAAGAAUGCAUAGUGGAGUAAAAGCACACCAAUGGAACAUGUGUAGGGAGACAUUUUAUCAAAAACCUAAUAUAUCAUAUGAAAAAGGAUCGCACGGAUGUUUCAAAUGUGUAAAUUUAUUACUUUUAAUGUUUUUAUUAAAAUUAAAAAGUUAUACGAUAAUCUUUGUUAAACAAUUAAUGACUAUUCUAUAAUUAAAGAAUGUAAAUGAAGUCUGACUAUCGGCUAUGGUAUGUGUGCAGCAUUUAAAAAUCUUUUCUUAUUUAAUCAACUUCAUC